GACCUCGGACAUCUCCCUGCUGGAAGUGUGAUCUUGCGAAAUGAGAGCUGGUUUAUACAUUGUAUAUUAUUCUGGAAUUUCUAUCUGGUUCUAAAUACAAGUUCUACCUCAGUUUGACUUUGCUUUCAGAUAUUGGCAAACCCUGUUGCAGCUAUAUUCAUGCUUUUGUAUUUUAGGCUUCAAUACAAAGCUUUGUUUGAAAAGAUUUAAUUUAUGAAGAACAAAGUUGCCUUUUGGUUCUAGCUGAUGCCCAGGCUUCCUUGUAAUGAUGCCGUCACGUACAAAUCUGACUGCUGGGAUUCCCAGUAGCAAAGUCAAAUAUUCCAAGCUCUCCAGCACUGAUGAUGGAUAUAUUGACCUGCAGUUCAAGAAGAGCCCACCAAAAAUCCCCUACAAGGCAAUUGCACUGGCUAUUGUGCUCUUCAUGAUCGGGACUUUCCUCAUUAUCAUAGGAGCCCUCCUCUUGGCAGGAUACAUUAGCAAAGGCGGAACGGACCGUGCUAUCCCCGUGCUCAUCAUUGGGAUCCUUGUGUUUCUCCCAGGCUUCUACCACCUGCGCAUUGCAUACUACGCUUCCAAAGGCUACCGGGGCUAUUCCUACGAUGAUAUCCCGGAUUUCGAUGAUUGAACAAUGUAUUUAAUCACGUUAUAAUUAGGUUGGCGGUAAGAGCUGGUAGCUACCCUGGAUAUCAGAGGGGGCCUGUAAGAUCGUAGAUGAAGUAUGUCAGUCACAAGAUGCCAGUUCCUGGUUUUGAGGCGUUGCAGGUUUUUCAGCUGGGGGGGGUGGGGGCUUGAACACAGAAUUGACCAAAAGGAUUGCAACAUUAGGUGGGAAGAACAUGUGAUUGUUAUUUUUCCUCUUUUGGUUACAUAAUGCUGGGUGCUUGUAAGAAGUUCUUCUUGACCAAGGCAAUUCUAGCAGUUUUCCAAAAAUAGAUGAGCCAGUUUCAGCAGCAAAGAUACUUGUUUUUUCUAACUGUUUUAUAGAGUUUAUUUUAGUCUUCAGUGAGAUUGUGGUUAUCAUUGGGUUUACCUUUGCAGACAAAACACCAUAGUUAAUUUCUCCUUUUGCUCUCUGUCCAUCAGAAAUGCUUCCAAUCUACUUGUCCUGUGCUUGUCUGGAGUAACAAAAGUCAGAUGAGGGGUAAACUGCACUUGCAUGGAAUAAUUUACACAUAGUGCAUUUGCUACACAACUCCCUGGUAAGACUGACCAAGCUUAUUUACUCAGCAAACACAUUCUUCAGAAGCAAGCGGUUUCCCACGCCACUGUUACUUUUGGCAAAAUCUGUUUAUCCUUUAAAAGGACUGUCUUUGGAUUUUGCUUAUUAUUUUAAACAAACUGAAUGGAUAUGGGGAGAAGAAUUGGAAUCCGGACUGGGACUCAAGUGUCUAAAUACCAAAAAUCUUGGGUUUGACUGGUGUAUAUUGGAGACACUUGAAUUCCAGCUGUCUGUCUGUGUAUUUGGAAUAAUUUUGUUCUUGUGCACAACUCCCUAGACCAGUAAAAAGAAAAUCUCUGUGUAGUUUGUACUGAAUGGAUCCUGUUUGUAUUGUUUUGCUAGCUUCAGUGAUGUGUUAUUCAGGGAAAACAGAUUGGUAGCUCUACUUUAUGUAAAGUAAAAACUGUCCGUCUCCUGAAGUGGGAAUGAACUCGGUGUCCCAGAGAACACGUGUGUGACAAGUAGUGAUGCAAGCAGAUGUAUUUAAUAUGAAUAAACUUCACUAUAUUCUGUCU